ACAUCUUCCCAUUGUCAUAGAUAUGUCAUUAUAGGCCUACAUCUUCCCAUUAUCAGUGGUAUGUCAAUACACAUGUUCUCAUUAUUAUCAUUGUUAUGUCGAUACACAUCUUCCCAUUGUCAUAAAUAUGUCAUUAUAGGCCUACGUCUUCCCAUUGUCAUAGAUAUGUCAGUAAAGGCCUACAUCUUCCCAUUAUCAGUGGUAUGUCAAUACAUAUGUUCUCAUACACAUCUUCCCAUUAUCAUAGGUAUGUCAUUAUACAUCUUCCAUUAUCAUUGUUAUGUUGAUACACAUCUUCCCAUUAUCAUAGACAUGUCAAUAUACAUAUUCUCAUUAUAA